AUGGCUAGCCAACUGCAGCAGAUGUCUUGGCACCGUACGAAUGCUACCACAGAGACUGAUGGAUUCCAAGUCAAGCGUCCUGGAAACGAAAAUGUGAAAUGUACCCUACUCCUCCUCCUUGACCAUCAGCCUCCGCAGUACAAGCUUGAUCCCCGUCUGGCCCGGCUGCUCGGCGUCCACACCCAGACCCGUCCCGUUAUCAUCAAUGCCCUGUGGCAGUACAUCAAGUCGCACAAGCUCCAGGAUCAACACGAGAGGGAGUAUAUCAACAAUGACGCUUAUUUCCAGCAGAUCUUUGAAUGCCAGCGGAUGAAGUUCUCUGAGAUCCCUCAUCAUCUUCAUCCUCUCCUCCACGCUCCUGACCCCAUCGUCAUCCACCACACCAUCAACGUCGACAGCACCGAUCAGAAGAAGACUGCUUGCUAUGACAUCGAUGUCGAAGUGGAUGACACACUGAAAGAGCAGAUGAAAUCUUUUCUCCUCUCCACCGCCAGUCAACAGGAGAUUGCAGUCUUGGACAAUAAGAUUCAUGAGACCGUGGAGACGAUAAAUCAGCUGAAAGUUCAACGUGAAUUCAUGUUAGGGUUCGCCAGGGAUCCGCAGCAGUUCAUCAGUGAAUGGCUGGUAUCACAAGUUAGAGAUCUGAAGUGUAUGACCGAUGUUGUCAACAACCCUGAAGAGGAACGUCGAGUAGACUUCUACCACCAGCCGUGGGCUCAGGAGGCCGUCCGGCGAUACUUCCAGAGCAAGGUCCAGCAACGGCGUGCGGAGCUGGAACAGGCUCUCGGUAUACGUCACACCUGAUCGCGAACAUUCCUAUUAAACUGAACAUCUCUUAGACUCCUGCGAUAAUCAGAAAGUAUCAAGUUGUCAAGGAGUGGGGUAGGGGAGGGGUAGAGGUAUGGAGCAGGGAUGGUUGUUGGGGGGUGGGGAGGAUGUGCAGGGGGUGAUUGCUGGAGAGGAAAGAAUGUUAAGGGGGUAGGGAUAUAGGGUGGGGAUGGGGGGGGAAGGGGAUGGGAGGACAGGCUCAGGUAGAAUUUCAGAGCCCCGUCUUACAAAGAGUUGCGAUUGACCUGAUCAACCACAACUAUGGAAAGCCAGCAACAUCAACAAUUAAAAUGGAUGUUUGCUCAAAAUGUUUCCUAGAUAUGCUAUGAAUUCAUACAGUCAUUGUUUUCUUAAAUUUUGGUGUGCUCCCCUUUGUUCACAAAGGACAUUGUGCAGAUUUUAUUUUGAAAAAAUAAUGACAUCGAUGGCUUUGCAUACAGUUGAGGUUGAUUGGAUCGAUCGUAAAUCUUGUAAGAUGGGCCACAGAUAUGGCUAAAUAGCUGUCAACCUAAAAUAUUGUACCUUGACUCAUUCAGAGUUUAUUUCUUCUUUUCCAUUAAAAGGAGCGUUCUUGAUAAGAAUCAAGCAGAUGGUACCCGGCAAAUCAAAUGUCAGAGAAAAAUCUGUGCAUUACACUUUUUGAGUAUGAUUACUCUUUGCUGCCUGUUUAAGUUUAUUGUGAAUUUAAGUUUUUUAUGCGUUUCUUUUUCUUUUGUUGUUUAGUUUCGACAGUGUAAAUAGUAACCACAUACGUGUACAUGUAAUUCUUCAGCUUCUGUUAAUGUUUUUUUUUUGUAAUUUUUGUUUAAUUAUUUUCCAAUUCUAACUUAGUUUUGUUGACUUUGGCCAACUCUCCUCAUGAGCAAAAGGUGUAAUAUCUAUGCAGUUGUAUAAAUGUAAAUUACAUUCAUGAUUCACUCCAACACUAAGGAAACAUUUCUCUUGUCAUUGUUUUCAUAUCAUUUACAAAGUAAAUGUCCAUCAUUUUAUAGUUG